AUGGAGUUCCCGAAAAUUCUCGAACAUUGUGAGGGUGUUGGUUUUGGAUGUGAAUCGAUAGUCCAUAGAGUCAGCCCGACCAUCGUGGUUAAAAGACUCCAAUCGUGCAAAUUCAAAGCAGAAGGGCGGCCACAUCCUUUCCUCCUUGAAGUCAAGUUUUAUAACCGCUUGAUUGAGCGACAGGAUAGAUGUGCAGACAUCGUUGCAUGCUAUCUUGCGCUUCCAGAUCACAUCUUUCUAUCCUACUGCAGCGGUAACCGGAUUGAUAAACGCUAUUUCGAGUAUCAGAAGCGUGAGAAACGCCCGAACCGCCCCAACGAAUAUUUCGGACGACUUGUAGGUGUGAAUUAUCAUGAAGAUCCCGCUCUCAUUGCUCGAUGGGUACGACAAGUGGCAUCAGCGCUUGAGUAUGUGGAAAAGAUGGGUUUCUGUCAUAAUGAUGUGGCUCCCCGUAACUGCCUGCUUGAUGACAGCCUCAACCUGAAGCUAUGUGACUUUGACCGCGCUACCACCAUCGGUCAAUUACUUGAUAGUUCUUUUGCUCCAUGGGCUAGAGAGCUAACCAUCGGUCCUUUGAAAUAUACCUAUGGCCUCUGCUGUGCUCGAACGGAGCAGUUUUCACUUGGUACUCUUGUCUAUUUUCUAUUGUACGGCCAUGAACCGUAUGAAGACAUCGAUCUUCAAGAUAAAGACCCCAAGGAAUUGAGCCGCCGAUUCAGCGAUAUGGAGUUUCCAGUCCUCGACCGGCAUCCAGUUUUUGAUGAAUUUAUCUUUGCUUGUUGGCAUAACGUCUUCCCCAAUAUGUCCCUGGCAGCGUAUACUAUCAGGCACUCAACCGAAGAUUUCGCAUUGUCUGCGGAGUAUGGAACCGGUACUAUGUAUGCAAAGGAGCGAAAAACAUGUGAACGGCUGAUCCAGAAUGGGCUACUUGGGCCCGAGAUGGCUUUGCGCUUUCAACCUUUCUGGCAAAGAUACGUUCAGGCGAUUAUAGGAAACGCUAAGCAAUUUUGGCAGAGCUUAGUGAGCGUCCUAAGGAGAUUGUGA